AUGUGCAAAAUGACGCUUUGUGUGCCCUCUUUUGCUUUGUUAGCAAGGAUACACUUCUGGGUGACACUGGACUACCUAGCCAGAUGCAACCUGUCCCAUCUCACCCGCUUCCGGCACAAAAGGCGGCACGAGCGGGGCGUGGGGGUGAGCGACUCGCUUUUGCUACGGCUGAUGCUGCUCUGGCCGGGGCUGGAGGAGCUGGUGCUGGUGGAUAAGGCAGCAGAGGGCGUGGGGCAAGGGGGAGUAGAAGAGGCCCUUUCAGACACAGGUCUCCUAAUGCUAGCCGCCUGGGCUUCCUCCCUCACAACCCUCACUCUCAGCCUCUCCUCCCUCUCUGCUUCAAAACGCUGCUCUGAAGUGGCGCUAAUGCAAGUGAGAGUGGUGGAGAGUGGUGUAGUGCGGUAUGUGCGGUCUAGCAAGACCUGUGCGUGCACCAGUCUCACCCACCUCGACCUCUCCAAUUUCAUAUGCAUGUCCGACCCGCCUCUGCACGAAUUCGUCUCGCGCUGCCCCUCUCUCGCCCAUCUCUCCCUAGCCGGUGCGCCCAUCACCGAUGCCUCCUUGGACCUCAUUCCUUAUCUUUGUCCCUGUUGCCCUCCCGUCUACUCUGUUAUCUCGCCCACCCCCACUGGCAGCGCUGCCCCUCGCUCGCCCAUCUCUCGCUAG